AUGCACCACUUUGUCUCACGCGUCUCGGCCACGGCUCGCGGCGGGAUGCCGGCACGCGCGCUGGCGACGGCCUUUGAUGCCGUCGUCUUUGACAAGGACGGGACGCUGCUCGACUUUGCCGCGACGUGGAACCCGGCCAUCUACGAUGCGAUCUGCGAGAGCGCGGGCUCAGACGGUCAGCUGCGCGCGCGUAUCGCCAACGUCCUGGGCUUCGACAUGGCGCUGCGCGAGCCGCUGCCCGAGGCGCCAGUCGUGCACAUGGGCAACUCGGAGCUGAUCGAGUUGCUGACACCGCACACGGACGGGCGUGCGCUGCUCGACGCGGCGGCCGCCAAGGUGGUGGCGCACGUCACGCCCGCCGCGCACGCCUCCGAGCUACUGCGAGCGCUUCGCGACGCGGACAUCCCGUGCGCCGUCGCGACCAACGACGAAGACCGCAGCACGCGCGAGCAGCUUGGCGCGCUGGGCUGGCUCGGGUCCGAGCACGAGCCGGCGCUCAUCUCGGCCGUCCGCUGCUGCGACAGCGGCCAUGGCGCCAAGCCGGAGCCGGGGAUGGCGUCGGUUGGGCGGCAUGAGGGCCUGGCGGACGUGUGGAUCCGAGAUCUGGGCGGGCUGCUGCAGCCGCCGGCGGAGUGA